AAACACACCGAUAUACCGGUGUGUCAAAUGUUGAGGGAAGCAAGGUGGUUUUUUUUUUGCCUUUCAAACCAUUCGGAUGUGUACGAGAAAUGUGAAUGUACCGUGGAGAGUGUGCGCUUCUUCAUCUCGUGUUGAAAUUUUCCGUACUAUUUUAUUCAUCAAUUUAUUCGUCCAAGUGCCAUCGAGUUCGUAUCUGGAAGCUUGGAUUUAUGCUCUAGCACAGAUUUCCUAUUAUCGUAAUUAUGUCCGGGAAGAGCAGUGGAGAGAAAUUGGCGGAAAUUGACAAUCAUGUUACCAAGCAUUACAAUAUCAUUCGGCGGCUCGGAAAAGGGGCAUAUGGAAUCGUAUGGAAAGCUGUGGAUAAACGAUCCAAGGAGACGGUCGCUGUGAAGAAGAUCUUCGAUGCUUUCAGGAACCAGACGGACGCUCAAAGAACAUUCCGAGAGAUAAUGUUUCUCAUGUCUUUCUCCAAUCACGAGAAUAUCAUUCAACUCAUUGGCCUACACAAGGCUAAUAACGAUCGAGAUAUUUACUUGGUUUUCGAGUUCAUGGAAACGGACCUGCAUAAUGUCAUCAAACGGGGAAACAUCCUCAAGGACAUUCAUAAAGUUUACAUAAUGUAUCAACUUUUCAAAGCGACCAAGUAUAUUCAUUCGGGAAAUGUUAUACACCGUGACUUAAAGCCCUCUAAUAUCCUCCUCAAUGCUCAAUGUCACUGCAAAAUUGCUGACUUCGGUCUAGCGCGAUCCGUGACACAAAUUGGGGAAGGCGAUGGUGAGACGGGGAGCGAUCCCACGUUGACGGACUACGUUGCCACGAGGUGGUACCGUGCACCGGAGAUUCUCAUUGCUUCGCGAAGGUACACAAAAGGUAUUGAUAUGUGGUCACUGGGGUGUAUUCUUGGAGAAAUGCUACUCGAAAAACCAUUAUUCCCUGGAUCUUCAACAAUUAAUCAAGUCGAGCGAAUCAUGGCUACUUUAGCACCACCCACACCAGAAGAUAUAGCGUCAGUGAGCGCGGGUUACGGAACAAAUCUCCUAGAAAAAACUCCCAAUGUACCUCAUCGAAGUCUACACGAGCUGUUUAUGAAUUUUUCUGACAGCGCGGUAGAUCUGAUAAAUAGUCUUAUUGUGUUCAAUCCAAAUCACCGGCUAACAGCAGUCGAAGCUCUAGAACAUCCGUAUGUUGCUGACUUCCAUCAUCGCGCUUACGAACCUGAGCGCGGUGCAAGUGUAAUACCGCCACUUCGCGAUGACGUUCAACUCUCCGUCGAUGAAUACAGGAAUAAACUCUACACAAUGAUGGACGAGAAACAUCGGAAGAGUAAAAAUAUAUCGAAGACUAGAAUUCGUCGACUGUCUGAGCACGUAAGGAAGGACUCUACAAAUGUAGCUCCACGAGAGGUAUUGCCGAAGAGUACUUUUCACACAUCCAGUGACGAUUUGCGGAGGGAUAAGGAGAGGAGGGAUACCAUGAAAAAUUCUCAUGUAGAAGGAAAGAACAUCAUUUCUCAGUAUGCUCAUAACUUGAUUAACGGCAAUUUCCGGAAUUUACCUGCGGGUCAUGCUAAGAGCUGCCAAUGCCUCACUCAGCCCCAACAACAACAACAGCAGCAGCAGCUUAAUAAUAAAUCUCAGAGAUCCUUUCAAUCGGAUCAAGCAGAUGUGAUCCGUGGACACCAUAGAUGGAGUGCUGCUCCAAGUCAGCCGAAAUUGAGGAGAGGAACGAAGCCCCCUCCGGCAAAUAGAAACCCCCCAAAAAAUAUACCAUCUAAAAAUUCAUUGGCAAAACGACCAAAUCAGGACAGCCUAAUCAGUCACACUGAUAAUUAUUUAAUCACGAAGAUGCCAAAUAAUAUAACAAAACACUUUGCAUCAAGUGGUCCAACAUCGAUUGGAAAUUCAUCGCAGAGUCAAGUUAUUCAGAACUAUCUCAAUCAAACGAUGCCAAUGCAAACGCGAUCGGCAGUUGCUCGUCGUACAAAUCUAAGCGAAACAAUUAUAGAAGGGUUGAAGCUCACACGUAGUCAAACGCUCAAGAGUCAUCUCAGGCACAGUGCCAUACAGAAACAAGUUACUAAUCAGAGGACCAUCCGUACACUCAAUAAUUAUAGUCAGAGUCAUGGCAUUAUCACAGCAUUAGCGUACAACGAUCUCAAAAAUGGGAAUAUCAAGUUGUAACACCUCUUACUAGGGGUAAUUGUAGGAUUUAAUCACUCCAAAAAGACUGAGGUCAUUUAUAAAUUCAGUGUAAAUACGUGGAAGAAAAUAUAUUUCUGUUUGUACGUAGAAUUAUUAUUUUCAUUUAUAAUCGAGAUAAUCAUCUCCGUAAAUGAUUUACUGAUAGAAUCACAGCAAUUUACGAUUUAUCAUUAUUUAUUUAGUAAAAGUCAAAAUUCCUGGUUUAUUGAAGGAAUUACUGAUAUAAAAAAUGAUAAUCAUGAGAGGCCACGUGGGUUCAUAGCAGACCAUCACCAAUGUGAUUUUUGUAAGCAUCUAUACAACUAUUUACAGCAGCCCAUUUUUACUGGAUUAAUGUACAAAUAAGUGAGAGUGCCUUGUUUCAAGAAUUCACGAUUCAUGUACACGAAAACUUAUAAUAAUAAUAAUAAAAUAUUAUACAACUUG